CCGCGGGAGAUCCCCCGGCGGGUCAUCAAUGCUAUCAAUGUCAACCAUGAGUUUGACCUGCUGGAUGUCCGCUUCCAUGAGCUGGGAGACGUGGUGGACGCCUUCGUGGUGUGCGAGUCGAACUUCACGGCCUACGGAGAGCCGCGGCCCCUCAAGUUCCGUGAGAUGCUCCUCAACGGCUCCUUCGACUACAUCCGCCACAAAGUGCUCUAUGUCUUCCUGGACCACUUUCCCCCGGGCGGCCGCCAGGAUGGCUGGAUUGCUGAUGAUUAUCUGCGCACCUUUCUCACCCGGGACGGCAUCUCUCGCCUCCGCAACCUGCGCCCGGACGACGUCUUCAUCAUCGAUGAUGCUGAUGAGAUCCCGGCCCGCGACGGCGUGCUCUUCCUCAAGCUCUACGAUGGCUGGACGGAGCCCUUCGCCUUUCACAUGCGCAAGUCACUCUACGGCUUCUUCUGGAAGCAACCAGGCACCUUGGAGGUGGUCUCGGGCUGCACCAUGGGGAUGCUGCAGGCUGUCUAUGCUACCGACGGGAUCCGUCUGCGGCGCCGCGAGUACUACACCAUGCCUGGCUUUCGGCAGUACGAGAAUAGCACAGGACACAUCCUGGUGCAGUGGUCGCUGGGCAGCCCCCUCCACUUUGCUGGCUGGCACUGCUCCUGGUGUUUCACCCCAGAGGGGAUCUAUUUCAAACUGGUGUCAGCCCAGAAUGGGGACUUCCCCCGCUGGGGUGACUACGAGGAUAAACGAGACCUCAAUUAUAUCCGGGAGCUGAUCCGGACUGGUGGCUGGUUCGAUGGUACUACGCAGGAGUAUCCCCCCGCUGACCCCAAGGAGCAGAUGUACGCUCCCAAGUACCUGCUCAAGAACUACCAGCGGUUCCGCUACUUGUUGGAGAACCCCUACCAAAAAGCGGAGGGUGCUGGGUGAGGCCAUCGGG